AUGCGGUCAGGGGCCGCCAACACACAUUCGACACCUCACAAACCCGGGAAAGGACGAUCAUCAGAGGAAAAGCAAACCCAUACCCGGAAUCUGGUAACAUGGCCAAAGCCUUAUAGUCUCUCCGCAAGCCAGCAGGAACUGCGCUCGGGACCAUUAAGUGUGUCUAAGCCUAGAGGAGUUGGACGCAAGGCAGGCAAUGCCUCUCAGCGAUCAGAUCCGGGGAAGGUUUCUGCGAGUGAUGACCUGACACUUGACCUGUGCAACCCCUGUUCAAUGUCUCGGCCUUUUUCCAAUCUCGCCGGAUGGGAUUACACCGCGAUGACUGGACACUCCAACGUUGACGGCAAAUGUUCACCAGCACAUGCUCGAUGA